GUCCUCGACGUCGCGAUGCUCGGUUACACCUUCUUGGCGAUCUGCAUUGCAUCGUGGGUUUCGGCGCUGAUUGAUCCGGCACCAGUUUUGCCCAAGUUUGGAAAGCCUUUGGAUAAUCUGACCGUUUCCGUUGGUCGUGAGGCCACCUUCACCUGCAUCGUCGAGGAUCUUGGUCUCUACAAGGUGGCGUGGCUCCGAGUCGACACGCAGACCAUUCUAACGAUAGCCAGUCACGUGAUCACAAAGAAUCACCGGAUCGCAGUGACGCAUAGCGGGCAUCGCACGUGGUCCCUGCACAUACGUGACACGCGAGAAACGGACCGUGGUUGGUACAUGUGCCAGGUCAACACCGACCCGAUGUCCAGCAACACGGGCUUCCUGGAUGUCGUCGUGCCCCCGGACAUCCUGGACUACCCAACGAGCACGGAUAUGGUCGUCCGCGAAGGCAGCAACGUGACGCUUCGGUGCGCCGCUACCGGGACUCCAACACCCUCGGUGACGUGGCGCCGAGAGGACGGCAAUCCUAUAAUUGAGUUCAGCACGCAGGAAGCUACGAGCACCGAAGGUCCGGAAUUGGAGAUAGUGCGCGUCAGCCGGCGUCACAUGGGUCCGUACCUCUGCAUCGCGUCGAACGGAGUUCCACCGACCGUCAGCAAACGGAUAGUCCUCAUCGUGCACUUCCCACCGAAGGUUUGGGUUGGAAAUCAAUUGGAGGGUGUUUACGAGGGCCAAACAGUGACGCUUUCCUGUCACAGUGAGGCAUUUCCGAGGCCCAUUACCUACUGGACCAGGCCCACAAAUGAGAUCAUCAGCAACGAUGACAAGUUCAAAAUUGCCUCAAGCUCCACGGGCUACGAGAGCAUGAUGCAGUUAACGAUUCGAGCUGUGCAGUCACAGGAUCUUGGAACGUUUAAGUGCGUCGCUAAAAACGCUCUUGGUGAAACAGAGGGUACAAUUAAAUUAAACAGGAUUGCCGCGCCGUCAACAACGCACAGACCGAACGCGAGAAGAGAGUCAAAAAAAUCCUGGAUAAGUGAAUUUAAUCAGGAGAAAAAGGCCGCCGCGACGAAGGGCAGCUCAAGUGGAAACGGUAUCGAGAACGCAGACGGGGACGAGGAGCCAACAGAUUUUGAUUCGGCGACGGCAUCGUCAACGAUGAGUCGCCAUCUAGCCAUUCUUGGAAUGGCAACAAUCAUCACAAUUCUUGGGGCAAGAUUGCCGACAUAAUUUUAAUUAGCGUUUAAAAUUUAAAAAAAUGUUGGUAAUUUUGUAUGCGUAAAUCCAAUGAUUAAGUACAACACGUGUAAGUGUACGUGAAUUUGUGCGAGACGUGUUUGAAAAGGUUAGAAGGAGAAAUUAUCACACGAAAGAAAGUCUUGGGAACUGCGUAGACAUUUCAAAGCACGUGUGUUUGUUUUCAAACUGAUCGUGAAUCAAUUUUGUUCACCAAACUACUUCAGAUGUUGAUAGAUAAGUCUUGAGCAAAGUAUCAGACACUGUUUUUUAGAUCCAACUUCACGUACGGAAGUGAGCUAGUAUGAUGCUAGAAAUUUUUUCUCAAAAUUAGUAGCCAAAAAUAUU